AUGUCAAUACCACCAUCUAUAACGAAUACAAAUCUUUAUCCUAACAGUUCCAGUGAUAGCCAGUGGAACCAAGAUACCAGUAAUGUUAAUGCGCCGAGAAAAACGCAGCAUCUGGUGGCCGAGCAACAAUAUAUCAAUUCGGUAGCCUGCAAUGGCUCCAGUACUAUUAACAAUACUCCGAUAGUAAAUAACGUCAACAACGUAAAUUGUAUCAAUGGGCAGAUGCAAUUCAAUCCCCCAAAUUACGCCGGCGCCUGUGCUUCGAAUACCUUACUUGGUCAAGAUAUUAGAUUCCAAAAUACUUACAAUGGUUUCAAUAAUCAUGGAAUUAUACAAGGUACAUCCAAUGUACACUUAGGGCCUAGUACUAGUAGCACGUGGGCACCUGCAGUUCGUCCCAGAGACCGCUUAGUCUCGAGACAAACGUGGCAUCCGACAAAACCGAUAGGCGGCAGAGUGAAAAAAGCUAAGCGUAUACGAACUGCAUUCACUACUCGGCAAAUGAUGGAACUUGAAAAUCAUUAUAUACGAGGACAAUACUUGGAUCGUAAGCGGCGUUCAGAAAUAGCAAGAAUCCUCCAAUUGAACGAACGCACUGUUAAGAUAUGGUUCCAGAAUCGACGGAUGAAACAUAAGAAAGAGAAGACGGAAAUCCAGGAAGAUACUGAAGCGACAAGCACUACAGAGAUCUCACCAGCACAUGAUGGUCGGCAAAUGGUCGUGUAUGAUCCAUACGCUAACAAUGGUGUUUUUAACCGGAAUUUAUAUGUUGAUCAGUAUCCAGUAGUGUCUACUGGUAUGAUGGCACAUCAAGCUAUUGCACCGCCUGUAGUGGAUUAUGUUGAGAACGUACCCAUGAAUCGUUAUUCUACGUCUGUUGUUGAUAACAAUCUUCAGUUAUCUGAACUUGAAAUGCAAAUUCGACAGAUGAGUAUCCAAACGCCUGACUAUUCCAUCGACAAUAGAAAUGGAGCAAUUGAAUCUAAAGACGAGUCAUUAGAAGUUUCCCCGCAUCAGGCAGAAAAUGGUACUAACAAUGCAUCUACUAGUGCACAGAAUGCAGAUGACUGGGAUUUACGCUGGUUACAAUACUUAAAUAUGGAAUUUUGA